AUGCCUCAGCUCAUCAACCACCCCUCUCAUCCUCUCCAUCCUCUCUCCCUCCUCCCCAAACCGCUCUACUCCGGCGGCGUCUUCAACUGUGAUGCGUGCGGCCACCAGAGCCACCGCUUCAGCUACCACUUCAAUAACUGUGACUUCGAUUUACAUAUUCUUUGCGCCUCCAAACCACUCUACGUUACCCACCACGCCCACGCCUGCCGCUCGCUCUCGUUUUCUCCUCCACAUCAAGCGAAAGGAUUUUCUUGCGAUAUUUGUCGUAAGUUCGGGGCGAAUCAUUGGCUGUAUCAUUGUGGGAACUGUGAGUUUGAUGCGCAUUUGGAUUGCGCUUCCAAUACUCAUCAAAUUCAGCACUCUAUGUCGUUUCCAGGGGGAAAUUAUCAUAAUGGGGUGAUGAAUAAGCAGCAGUUUGUGCAUAGUCAAAGCAUGGGAGGCAUGCAGAUGCAAAGUAAUAAUUAUCAGCAGUUUCAGCAGCAGCAGCAGCAGCCAUGUUUGAGUGGGAAUUCUUUGAUGAAUGCUGCGGUUCAAGGGUUUGUUGAAGGUGCGGCUCAACAGGUUGGUCAGAAUUUGGUGCAGAAUAUGAUGAAUGGUGGCGGCAUUCUUGAUCCCAGUAACAAUGGUGGAAUGGUUUUUGAUUUUGGAGAUUCUUCAAUGGUGGGUGAUUCAUCAGGUGAAACAUACAGUUAA